CAGCUUCCUCCUCCCGCAUGCUCAGUCGGUCAGACCCCGUCCCAGGCAGCAGCAGGCGGUGUAGGCAGUAUGGCCGAGCCCGGCUCCCAGAAGCAGGAUGAGAGUUACUCUCAGUUCGUGGCUCUGCACCAGGCGGCGCUCACUGCGUCCGGGGUCCCCCCGCUGUACUGGGGGAGUCUGUACUGCAAGCUGGAGGGGGAGAUUUUCGAUGCUGGGGAAAUGUUCGGAAUAAUGCAGGUGGAGGAAGCUGAGGAGGAGGAGGAAGAGGAGGAUGAAGAAAGGGAGAUGAAGAAGAAGCAAAACCCAGGCAACGAGAUGUCUUUCAAAGUCAUUGUCACCAACGAGAACGGUCUAAGUGCCUCUGAUCCAAACAGCAUUUUCCUCAUUGACCAUGCCUGGACGUACCGUACGGAGCAUGCCCGUCAGCAGCUGAUCGAGGUUCCUGGCCUCCUACAUCGCAUGGCCAACCUCAUGGGGAUUGAGUUCCAUGGGGAACUUCCGGAUGAGGAGGUGGUUGAGGAUGUUCUGAAGGAGAUGUGGAAGUAUAACCAGACGUACCAGCUCUCACAUGGGUCUGCAGAGGAGAAGCUCCCAGUCUGGUACAUUAUGGAUGAAUUUGGGUCCAGGAUUCAGCAUUCAGAUGAGGCGACAUUUCACAUGGCUCCUUUUUAUUACCUCCCCCAUCAGCUGGCAUAUACCAUACUGUGGCCACUCAGGGACAUGAGCAAUGGAGAGGAGGUUACCCGUGACUACGCCUAUGGAGAGGCCGAUCCCUUAAUAAGGAGCUGUCUGCUUCUUCCGUGGCAGCCAUUGGAUCUAGGCCACAUUAGCCACCAAACCCCAGAACCGUCUGAAGCUCAUUACCAGGCUAUAUUUGAGGAGAAUAAGGAGACGUUGCCUCUUCCUGUGGAGCCUUCAAUACACGACAAGAAUAAAGUCUUCAAAGUUUACACAGAUAUGCAGCAAGUGCUGAGCGGCGUGAACCACCCCCGAUUUGUGUUCACCAACGAUGAGAAAGAGGCGGACAUUCUCUUCAUCUUUUCUCACAUUAAGGAUUAUAGAACCUUCAGCGCCGAGAGACCUCACGUCCUGCUCAGCCAAUUCCCGUGUGAGAAUCUCCUGACUGUUAAGGAUUGCCUGGCAUCCAUUGCCCGAAGGGUUGGCGUGGCUGAAGGUCCAAAAUGGCUGCCACGCACUUUCAAUCUGAAGACCGAACUUCCGCAGUUUAUUAACUACUUUAAGCAACGCGAACAGCGGGGGGAAGACAAUCACUGGAUCUGCAAGCCGUGGAACCUGGCCAGGAGUCUGGAUACACACGUUACAACCAACCUGCCUUACAUCAUCCGCCAGAGAGAGAGCACGCCGAAGGUUGUUUCCAAGUACGUGGAGGAUCCAGUGUUAUUUAAGCGUGACGACAUUGGGCUGGUGAAAUUCGACAUCCGUUACAUAGUUCUUCUCCGCUCAGUGUGUCCUCUGAAGCUCUACGUCUACGAUGUCUUCUGGCUCCGAUUCGCUAACAGGCCAUUUGCACUUAAUGAUCUGGAUGACUAUGAGAAACAUUUCACAGUUAUGAAUUAUGCUCCGAAUGUGCAGUUGAAGCAGAUUCAUUGUGAGGAAUUUGUAACCAUGUUUGAAAAGCAGUAUCCGGACUAUCCGUGGAAAUCUAUAGAGGCCGAAUUGUUCAAAACCUUUGGAGAACUCUUCAGAGCAGCUGCAUCCAAGCCUGCUCCGCUUGGCAUCGGUAACUACCCGUCGUCCCGUGCCAUCUACGCCAUUGACCUCAUGCUGAAGUGGGACACUGAUGGAGAAGGUAAACGGGUGAUGCAACCGCAGAUUCUAGAAGUGAACUUCAACCCGGACUGCGCCAGGGCCUGUAAAUACCACCCGUCCUUCUUCAACGAUGUCUUUAGCACGCUGUUCCUAGAUGAAACCAGCAAUUGCCACAUGACUGCCAUCCUAUAACUACAUCCUGGCGUUUUGCAGAAAAUGUGCUUCCUAGACUUUAUACAACCAGCAAUAUCCAAAUACAGGCUGUCACAGUCCUCUCUGUAGGUCAUGUCUCCUAUUACUGUAUAUAUCGCUUUACUCUCCGCUUGGCAGAUAUAAAUCCGAAAAUAUUAUCUACCACUAAAUAUUCUUAUUAGUACAGAAGGGCGGUGAUCUAUGGGCAAUGUCUGCAUUACCAGGUACAGUCCCAGCAGUGCUGAUACCGUAUCCAUCUGUAAGAGGUCCUAUUGACUAUUGCACUAACCGUCUAUUUACCCACACACCGCGAUAAGGAGGAAGAACAUACACCACCCUGACUUAUACCUGGACCUACCAUGAGUCCUUACUGUGCUUCAGCUGAUUACCAGGUUGUUACGUCUCCCUAAAGUCCACCGCUUAAUUAUUAUUUGCAUAAAGGGGAACUCCACCCCUGGCAAACUCACAGUUUCCCAACAUCUGCCAUUACAGUCCAGGUUUUAAGGAUAUCCAUGUUUGAGUCCAGAUGGUUAAAUCAAAUUGACUGCGGUACUAACCAAGUCACUUUUGCUGAAGCAUGGAUAUCCUUGAAACCUGGACUAUAAUGGCUGAGUUUGGGAAACUGUUCUAGGCGUUGGCGAUGGGAUCCGGUCUGAAAGUCGACACUAGGUCGACAAUGUUUGAGUGGACCACUGACCACAGUGAUGGAAUGUCGACAUGGUUCCUAGGUCACCAUGGUCUAUGUCGACAGUUCACAAGGUCGACAUGAGUUGUUGUUUAAAAAAAAUAAAAAUCUUUUUAUUAAAUUUUUCAUACGUAAUGAUCCAUGUGGACUGCGAUUGGGAAUAGUAACCUGUGCGGAGCGCAGCGAGGCACCUUGCCCGAAUCAUGGCAAGCGAAGCGAGCCAUGCGAGGGGACACGGUGCACUAAUUCGGCUUCCCGGUCACUGUAUGGAGUAAACGACACCAAAAAAAACGUUAAAAACUCAUGUCGAUCUUUUGAACUGUCGACAUAGAACUUGUCGACCUAGUUCCUGUCGACCUUCAGUGGUCGACUCACAUUGUCGACCUAGAUAGUGUCGAUUCUAUGAUCCACACCCAUUGACGAUCCCCCCUCAGGGUAGCAGAAAUGUGGGAUCCCUUUCCCUUUAUUGUUACAUCAAUACAGCUACUUACAUGCCUGUACUCUGCUAGCAGUUGGCAAAGCAGAGGAGUGUAUAGACCCAAGGAGAGUGUCCGCAGAGGGAGGCACCUAAAGCCGGCUGAGUCUGUCCAACUCCGGUAUAAGAGCUGGGAUCCCAUCACUCUGCUUCCUGGGAGAACCGUUCCCUUGGGUGGAGUUCUGCUCUCCGUUAAGGCAUUGGGCUAAUGUAAUGUUAUGUUGCAGGCUGGGGAUCAUCACAGCGGUGAGGGCAUUUGAAGCGUACAAGAGCCAGAAUGAUCAUCAAGGCUAGGAAACGGCCGUGGUGCAUCUCUUUACGCCUCCUAUACAGCAGUUAUUUAAAAUACCAAAAAGUAAAAAAAACAAAAGUUAACGAUUUUCGCUUUGUUCCUCCUAGUGAUCUUACACGCCUCAACACAACAAUCUCUGCCUCUCCCACUCACACCUGCUUCUUGCUUCGUCCCAGCAAAUACGCCAAGUUGUCCGCUUCUGUUUCCACUGCAGAAUUUUUUUUUAAAUAAAAGGAACUUGUUUGUUGUC